AUGACAAUGGAUCGAGAGAAGAAAGAAGAUCUUCCUGGGGUCUUUUCCGUUUCUGAGAGCAAGGGAUGCCAUGGAAAGAGGCAGCUAAGCCUAGACGAUAUGUUUUCCAAAAGGAAGACUUCAGCAGGCACAGGCCCAAGUAAGAGCUUGGAAGCAGGUUGGACCUACGAAGGAUGUGCGCAGCCAUGCGAAUACUGUAGGCUUGAAGAGAAGAUCGACCCGAGGUGGAGGAUGCAUCUGAAGCCUGAGUUUGGAAAGGAUUACUUCAGGGGAGUCAAGAGAUUUCUCCAUGAAAACAGAAACCAUUUGCCGCCCAUCGACAAGAUAUUUACAUUCUCGAGAUUUUUCCCGCUGGAGAAGACGAAGGUUGUUAUAAUGGGUCAAGACCCUUACCACAACGAUAACCAGGCGAUGGGGCUGUCAUUUUCUGUUCCGGUGGGGAUACCUGUCCCGCCCAGUCUCAAGAACAUAUACUUGGAGAUUAGCUCUGACAUCGAGGGAUUUGAGGUUCCUUCCCAUGGGGAUCUGUCGGGAUGGGCAGAAAGGGGAGUUCUGUUACUGAACGAUGUUCUCACUGUCACGAAGAACCGACCAAACUCGCAUGCCGGCAUCGGAUGGAGGGAGUUCACAAGCUGUAUUCUUCAGGUUAUAAACGAGAAAUGCACUAAUGUUGUGUUCAUGCUGUGGGGGCGGCAUGCACAGGCAAAGGGCAAGUUCAUCAACAGGAACAAACACCUGGUGCUAACCUGCGGACAUCCAAGCCCGCUUAGCUCUAGCCACUUCUUCGGCUGCAAGCAUUUCUCAAAAGCCAACAAGUAUCUCAUGGACCACGGCAAAUCACCAGUCGAGUGGCAAGUGUAA